AACUACUUCUAUAAAACUCCUCAACUCUAUCACUGAAAGCUAAAGUCUUUGAAGCUGCAGCUUUUCUUCUCCACAAAAUCUUCUCUCCCUUAAAGCUGACAGAUUUCCUCCCAAACAAGAAAAGAAAAAAAGAGAAAAAAAAUUUAAAAAACAUUCCGACAAUUGUUUGAUGUUUUUUUUCUAUGUUUUUGAUAGAGAAUAAAAGGGUUGUGUGACUAUAUUUGUUUAUCCCUUUGUUUAGCCAAGAGAACAGAGGAAAAGGUGCGAUGUUGGACUAUGAAUGGGGGAACCAAUCGGCGGCGGUGAUGUUUUCCGACGAAACAGGGCAUGAAUCCGAUCAGAACCGCCAGUAUUUUGACCCGUACGCGGCGGCGCAAACCGCCUUCAACGACAAUCCGGCGGCGUUGGUGGUGGGUUCAAACGCGAAUUUCGGGACGGGACACCACCAGUUCCAUAACGCGCAGGCGGCGGCGGCGCAAGGCAACGCGCAUCAUCAUCAUCAUCACAUGGCGGCGUACUAUGAUCCACGCGCUUACGGCGGCGCUUCAUUUGGACACGCGGCGGCGGCGGCUCAUGCGCCGUUGUUGUCUCUGGAGCCGUCAGCUCCCGGCGGCUACAUGGUGGUGCCGAAGAGCGAGCCGAUGGUUGGGGGGAUUGAGUUCGGGAGUAGCAGCCGGAUUGGGCUGAAUUUGGGCGGCCGGACUUAUUUCUCCUCCGCCGAGGACGAUUUCGUGAACCGGCUUUACCGCCGGUCCAGAGCCGUGGACCCCGGCGCCGUUAACGCGCCGAGAUGCCAAGCCGAAGGCUGCAAUGCUGACCUCACCCACGCCAAACACUACCACCGCCGCCACAAGGUGUGUGAGUUUCACUCCAAAGCCGCCACCGUCAUCGCCGCCGGGUUGACUCAGCGAUUUUGCCAACAAUGCAGCAGGUUUCAUCUGUUGACGGAGUUUGAUAACGGCAAGAGAAGCUGCCGGAAAAGGCUGGCGGAUCACAACCGGCGGAGGAGGAAAAACCAGCAGCCAAACCAAGAACCUAGUACCAACAAGCCCCACCAUCUUGAAAAUCCUCCAACUUCUUCUUCAGCCAAUAGCUUUGCAAGGUCUCCGGCGGAUUCCGGGGCGCAUUCGAUGUCGUCGGUAACGGUGGCAGUUUCACCGCCGAGAAUUUCACUGGAUUAUUUCAGGUAAACGGAGCUGAGAGACGGCGAUGGUGCCAGCAAGCUAAACUCAUCAGAUCGGAUCACUCUUUUUUCUGGAAUGGGUGGUUUGUUUUAGUUUUUCCGUUAUAACGCCGUCGAGAGCCCCGGCCGCCGGCGGGACUGAUUUUCAGCCAUGAAUGAUCCUCAGAUCAGCUAGCUACAAGUAGUACUGCUACUACUGCAUGCUACAUACUAGUAAUAACAUAAAUGGUAGCACUAUUAUUAUUAUUAUUAUUAUGAUUAUUAUUGUUAUUAUCUCCGAAUUAGGUUGAUGAUGUUAAUGUUAACUCUUAUGAUUAAUUA